AUGGUCCUCCACAACCCCAACAACUGGCACUGGGUGAACAAGGAUGCCUCUGGCUGGGCCAAGGAGUACUUGCAGGAGAAUGUGAGCGCCAUCACUGCUGAGCAAGAUGGCGUGUCCGCCAAAGUAGACAAGGUGCUGUCCAUGAAUGGCGACGUAGACGUCAGCCAGCGCAAGGGCAAGGUCAUCACCUUGUACGAUGUCAAGCUGUCGCUAGAGUAUUCAGGUAAGACCAAGGACGGCGAGGAGGUCACUGGCUCCAUCACCAUCCCCGAGGUAGCCCACGACACUGAGGAAGAUGAGUACGUCUUCGAGAUUGAGAUCUACUCCGAUGCCUCUUCCAAGCAGCCCGUAAAGGACCUCGUUCGCUCCAAGAUCCUCCCCCAGCUUCGCAAGACCCUGGCCACACUUACCGGCGCCCUCAUCACCGAGCACGCCAAGGACCUUCAGCACGCUCCCGGCGUGAACCCCUCCGCCGGCUUCACUCCCGCCGCUGUCCACCCCCAGACCAACAAGAAGGAGGCUGCUCCCACCACCGCUUCCACUACCUCCACCACCGGCAAGGUCGCCGUUAACACUACCACUGUGACCGCAUCGGACGAGUUCCGCACCACUGCCGAGGAGUUGUACAACACAUUCACCGACCCCCAGCGCAUCGCCGCCUUCACCCGCGGCGCUCCCCGCCAGUUCGAGGGUGCCCAGCCCGGCGGCAAGUUCGCCAUCUUUGAUGGCAACGUCACCGGCGAGUUCGUCAAGCUCGACGCUCCCAAGCAGAUCGUUCAGAAGUGGCGCCUCGCCCAGUGGCCCGAGGGUCACUUCAGUUCUCUCGAGAUCAACCUGGACCAGAACGACGUCGAUGGCGUCACCCAGCUGCGCGUUGAGUGGUCCGGUGUUCCCAUCGGCCAGGAGGAUGUCACCAAGCAGAAUUGGGAGCUGUACUACGUGCGCAGCAUCAAGCAGACUUUCGGGUUUGGCACUAUUCUCUGA